AUGAAACUGCGCAGUCGAACUGGUUGCUUGGCCUGCAAGAGUAGAAAGCGUCGAUGCGAUGAGGAGCGGCCAUCUUGCAGGAACUGUCUGGUGCGAGGGGUCGUGUGUCCGUAUCUCACUGAGCCGUCGCAGUCGACCUCGUUGCGAUUCAAGAUUAGCCGAUGUAUGUAUGUUUUAUGCGAUGUUCGGUGGAAGUCGCGUCGAGGAGAUCUGCUAUGGCACUUUUUAAGUGUUUCUUCUCGGGAUAUGAGCUUGUUUUCUACCGAGCAUGUGUCAUCAAAGGAUAGGUCUGAGGUCGACAACGUCUCGCAAGACUUUAUUGGCUCUCUCAGGCCUGGGCUUUCGAUAAGUCCGUUGGGAGGAUGCGGCAUCCUUGAGAAACAACUCUUUCAAUAUUAUCUAGAAGUUAUUUGCAAGGUUCGAGUCUUCCAAGAUGACCAAAGCAACCAUUUUCGAUCUCUGGUUAUCCCAUUUUGCUACGGACAACGGCCGCUAUUAUACGCUGUCCUUUCCCUAAGCGCCAAUGACCGUCGCGCAGAGACAUACCUCGAUUACGAGAAGGUCUCGUUAUCGUACAAAUCGCAAGCCCUCUGCUUACUUCGCGAGUCAUUGACCGAUAUGCAUUAUGCCAACGAGACCCUCAUAACAUGUGUUAUUCUGUGCUCUCUAGAAAUUGCUUCAGGCUGUCGACCAGACUGGGUUCAACAUGCACAAGGCGCCUUUGCUAUCAUCGAUAGUUUCGCCAACCUCCUUGACCCACAGAUACUCUUCUUCGUGUAUAGCUACUUCCGUUUUCGUACCGUUUUCUUCUUGACAACGAGUUCUCGCGAGCAGGUUGAUGAUAGCUCAGACAGCAUUUCAACUCUACAAUGUCCUUCAGAAAUAGGACUAGACGUUGACCUUGGCUCGGAUAUCCGGGACAAAAUCCAACCUCAUAUGGGCUGCUCCCUCAGUCUACUUGAUAUCAUAGCAAAGAUGACCCGCCUGGUUCAACGGAAACGGCAUCUACGCCAGAGUGGUCGCAGUUCGUUGACCUGCGAGGAGGACUUGCGAUGCCAGGCUAUGUCCAUCCGCAGCCAACUGGACUCGCUGACUGAGGAGAAUCCUUCUGCUAGUGAUUACCUAGCAACAUGUGCUGAAUGUUUCCGCAUGGCAGCGGAUCUGUUUCUACAACUGGCGUGUGAUAUCCCGCCAUGCCAGCCGGCGCUGCAAGAGCAACUUGGCCGCUUGUUAAAUCGAAUUGGGCAGGUGAUCCAUGAGGGUCAAGAGAGACAGCUGUUUCCCAUGUGGCCGCUUUUCCUCGCUGGAUGUCUGUCGAAUACGGAUGAGGAUCGUUUACAGGUGCUGGACUACUUUUCUGUUCUUUUGCACCAAUGGCCUAUCAGUAACAUCCCCAUGGUACGUGAAGCUACAGAGACGAUUUGGAAGUCGCGAGAUUUGAAUGUGGAAGAGGACCAGAGCAAGAAUGGCUUUGAUUGGCAGAUAAUAAUCGAACAGAUGAACUGGAAACUAGCAUUAUCAUGA